AAAGGUUUCUUCCCAAAGGAAAGGGAUGUCUUUGUGGAGGACUUUGUGCAUGUUACACAUGGAGAAAGCCACAAAAAAAUAAAUGCAGACAGCCCAUUGGUCAGGAUUUGAGCCUCAGACUGAAUUACCAGUGUUCAUUGACUUUAUUGCUUUGCCACUGGCGCAUAUACAUCGAAAUUCUCCUUCUGCAAGUUAACAAUAUGAAUUCUGAGGAGGUUAUUGAAAAAUUAUCAGAUGAGGUUAGUUUGGAAGAAAAACAAGAAAAGCUGCUUUUAAAAGUAAAAAGUUCUAUGAAGAGAUUACAUGCAAUUUGGAAUGAACUUGGUAUUGAUGGCGCACAAAAACUACAACGUGUUGAAGUAGUCUGCAUGCAUGUUGAAAACUUGUAUCAGGAAAUGAUUGAUGAAGAGACUGCCCUUUGUGAAGAUAUAAAAAAGCGUAUACAAAAUUAUAGGGAAAAAGUACUUGAACUCUCCAAUUUAUUAAAUAUCCCUGUAACUGAAGAACUGGAUGAAUCUUUAAUUCAGAAAGAAGAAAAUUUACGAGAAGAAUUUAAUAAUUUGUCCAAGUUAAAGAGCGACAGAAUGAAAACUUAUGAAGAUCUUCGUACGGUAGAAGUAAAAUAUUGCAAAACUUUAUGUCUAUCGCCUUUAAAUUUUACUUCUGAUGUCAUCAUCCCUUCUGAAGAAAAUUUGUAUGAACUUCAGCAACACAUCGCGAUGUUGAAACUAGAAAAAAAUAAACGUUUCAAGAAAUUAUAUACAAUAAAGAAGGAAUUAACAACUAUUUUAGAAACAACAGAACUUGUACCUGAAACUUCAUUGGAAAAAAAUAUAAUUUCUGCUAAUGAAGAUAAUAUAACCCUAUCAAAUGAAAUCCUGGACGCCAUGGAUGAAGCCAUUUGUAAGGCAAGAUGUAAAAAAGCAGAACUUGAAAGUUUACAAAACGUUUUACUGGAUAAGCUAGCUAAUCUUUGGCACAGGUUGGGAGUAAAUGAUACAGAAAAGCUAAGUUUGUUUUCUAAACAUUCUAAUGCACGUAUAUCAACCAUUGAAGCUAUUAAAAAAGAAUUGGAAAAAUGUGAAGAAAUAAAGAAUCAAAACAAGCAAAACUAUAUUGAAAGCAUUAGAAAAGAGUUAAAAACCUUAUGGGAUAAAUGCUUUAUAUCUGAAACGCAAAGACAGUCAUUUCUUUUUAACCUGAAUGAAUAUGAUGAAGAUAUUUUAGAAGCAUAUGAUAAUGAAGCUGAGAAAUGGAGAAGUUAUCAUAAAAGAACUGAGCAAAUUAUAAAUAAAAUUAAUAAAAGACAGCAACUGUGGGAACUUAUGAUAACUUUUGAAAAUAAGGCAUCGGAUCCCAGCAGGUAUAAAAACAGAAGAGGGAAUCUUUUACAAGAAGAAAGAGAAAGAAAAAAAGUACAGAAAAAUCUUCCAACUUUAGAAAAUGAAAUAAUUACAGAUAUUAAUAAUUAUGAAUCUUUGACGGGUGAACUAUUUUUAUAUUUUGGUGAGGAUUUCCGGUGUUUUGUAAACAAGCAGUGGGAAAAUAGAAUAAUUCAAAAAGAAAAUGAAAAAGCUAUGAGGCAAUCACAUUUAAAACAGUUAGAUAAUAAAAUGACUUCAACACCAAAGCAAAAGAAAAUUUUUUGCAGCAUUACUCCAAAAUCAGCCCCAAGUAAACUAUUCAGACCAAGAGGAGGUGUACCAAUAUAUUGCUCUCCUACAGCUGGUAUUUCUAAAAAGGUUACAAAUACAAUUGAAAAAUUGAAAGUUAAAAAAAGCAGACAUUCCAGUAGCAAGAAAUAUAAAAAUGAUAUUAGUGAAAAUAUGCCGAAAUUAGAAUAUUCUGAAGAAAUUUCUUCUGAGAAAGUUGAAGAAAUUAAACUGACAGAAGAAAAUCAAGGAAUUGUAAAUUUGUCAGACGAAACAACGUUUACAAACUUUGCUGCUGAAUUAAACAAAACAUCAAGAAAAUGCCAUCGUAGUUCAAUAUUAUAUUCGAGAAAAAUAGUAGGAACUCGAAUAUCUCGAAAAAACUGCAGCCACGACAAAAAGAAAAUGUGAAGAAGUUUAAAAGCAUUUAGGUUAUUUUAAAAUGAUUUUGUAUUCAACUUGUGCAAUAGAAAUAAAGAAGAUAAACUUCGUUAA